AUGUCGAGGAAUUUUAUUGAAGCCAUACAGUCAGAUCCCAUCAGCAUAUUUUACAAGGAGCCGUCCUUCCCAUUGAAGUCAGUGAAGACUUAUCUAGAUGGGGUUAUUAAGCUUUCCAGGCAAAGCGGUUUCCAAUCCUCUGAUAUAGAUGAAAUUACAAUUGACGGUAUGGAUGCCAACCAAGUCUGGUGGCAGGCGAAAAUGGUGCUUGAUAGUGUAGAAGGUAAUUUAUUGGCGAAGAUACAGGAAUACCAGGAAGAUGCAACUUCAACAGGUCAAGACAGUGAAAACUCAGAUAGUAACAGCGAUAGUGAUUUUUCCUCUGCUCAAGAGAAUGCGGAAGUUGACUUAGAGGGGAUUGAAGACGAGGCAGAGAACGCCAGCGAAUCUGAAAAUGCGAGUUAUACGGGAGACUUGAAGGUUGGCGGCCUCUCUAAGACUGCAUACCUUGCGGCUAAAGAAGAUUCUGAAGAUGAAAGCUCGGACAUGCAUGAAGAAUCUAUGACUUAUAGUGGAGUUGAUGAGCCAGAUCAGGAUGAAGGCGCUGAUGAUGAAGAGAAUGGUCUCAAUGACGAUUUUUUCAAUUUAGAGGAGUUCAACAAGCAGACUACUGGAAUAGAAGACGGUACCGGCAUUGAUACUGAUGAUGAAAGCGUUGAUUGGUUCAAUGAAAUUCCUUCUGAUGAGGAGGAAGAAGCUGUCUACUACGAAGACUUUUUUGAUAAGCCAGGGUUUCAGAACCAGAAAGCAAACAUCGAUAGGACGAAGAAUUCUAAACAAUCCGACGAACAUUUAGCUGAGGCAGAUUACGAUGAUGCCGUUGAUUCGGUAAAAUUGGAUCUGUUUGCCGAGGAGCAGGAAGCUUCUGAACUAGAAGAUGUAAACCCUGGGACAAGCCUUUCAACCUAUGAAAGACAACAAAUAGACAUUCAAAAGCAAAUUGAGCAGCUUGAACAGGAAGCCGUGGCAGAGAAAAAAUGGGCAUUACAGGGUGAGAUUGAAGCGCAAGAUAGGCCGGCAGACUCCCUGUUGACAGAAGACGUUGAAUUUGACAGAACUGCUAAACCAGUGCCUGUGGUUACCACCGAAGUAACAGAAUCUAUUGAGCAAAUGAUUAGAAGGAGGAUUCAGGAGUACAAUUUCGACGAUCUCCCAAAGCGUGUUAUUAGCGAUGUUUCAUCUCAGAGUGCAAAACCUCAGUUCGAAUUGAGCGACCAAAAGUCCGCCAGGUCACUGGCGCAGAUAUACGAGGAAGAUUAUAAGAACAUACCGCAAGAUGCUGAGAUCAGUGAAGAGAUUAAGAAGUCCCAUGAUGAGAUCACGAGCUUGUUCACUAACUUAUGCUACAAAUUAGAUGCUCUCUCUUCGGCUCAUUUUAUUCCUAAACCAGCAGAAAAAUCUCUCGAAGUCAGAGUAGAUACGGCGGCGAUUUCAAUGGAAGAUGCGCAGCCAUUGAGUAUGUCUUCAGCUUCAGCACUAGCGCCUCAGGAGAUUUACAAAGUCGAGAGAUCUCGUAAUAUGAACGAAAUCACUCUGAAGAAUGGUAUAACGAUGUCAAAAGACGAACUGACACGAGAUGAUAAAAACAGGCUUCGUAGAGCCGCUAAGAGGAAGAGGUCUAAGACCGCAUCUCAGAUAACCAAGAAAAAGAGUAAGAAAGAUGAAGUUAUCAACACUUUGGCAAAGAACAAAAACGUUACAGUCAUCAAUAGUAAAGGUGAAAAGCAUGACGUUAGGGGUCGGGUUAUAAAUCUGAACGACUCAGGAGAGGGUGCUAAUAGGAUAAAACUGUAA